UGAAUCGUCUAUAGGAGGUUGAAAGGAAACCUCAGCUCAUGUCCUCAGCACCUGACACAUCGAUAUUGACAAGCCUGAAUAUCCAACACGGAACAGACCUCCACGAAAUGAAGUUUGCAGUGACAGCAUGGAGCAAAGGAAGAGCAAGAGUCGGGGUACUCCAGUUGGCCAACUGCCCACAACCAAUGGAGACACCGGCGCUCCUCCUUUCCACCAGAAAGGGCCUGCCCGUUUUCAUCCCACCCGACCUCCUUCCCUCUCUUCCUUCUCCUGACUCCCAUCUCCUCCAGAUGAGCCCUCUCCACUUCUUAGAUGGCAUUUCAUCAAAAACAAUAUCAAAUAUUGGAGGAUUGCACCAGAUGCUUGGUUUGCAUGAAUAUGGAUUUGCUGCCGUCCCAAGGGAUUCUAUUGUAUGUCUUCCUGAAUGUGAUAGCACUAACAAGAUCGGAGCAUCCUUUGAGACUCCAUGUGGGCGCCGCUUGAUAAAACCUGUAGAGUACAUGGAAAUGAUUUCUUCCAUGAAACCAAGCUUAUGGGCCACUCUGGCUGAUGAAGUGCCUGCAUGGGUCUCUGCGAAGAGGAACAAGGCAUCAGUGGAUCGAACUUUGAGAUGGCUUGAUGAAUGCAUUACAUUAAGCCCAGCAGGAGGAGCUGUUUUUGGGGCCAUUGUUGGAGGGGCUAAUGUAGAAGAGCGCCAACGUUGUGCCCAAGAAGUUGCAGGGCGAAAUGUAUCCGGUUAUUGGAUUGGAGGCUUUGGGCUUGGAGAGAGCAUGGAUGAGCGUCCUGCUCUCCUUAAUGCCGUUGCUGAUAUCUUACCAGUAGAAAGACCACGCCAGAUCUGUGGGCUGGAACUUCCAGAGGAGGUCUUGCAGGGGGUUGCUGCAGGCAUCGAUCUAUUUGACUCCACGUAUAUUUACCAUCUUACACUUGGAGGAUUUGCACUUACCUUUCCUUUGGAAAGCAUUCAGAGACAUGAAUCUGAUUCUCAGCUGAGCAAUGUAGGAAGUGACCACACCAAGAUUAAUCUGAGAGCAACAAUUUACAGGAAAGACACAGCACCAAUUGUUGACAACUGUAACUGCUAUACCUGUCAGAAUCAUACAAGAGCAUACAUUAACCACCUGCUUAAUGUUCAUGAAAUGCUGGCUCAGAUUCUACUAGAGAUACAUAACACUCAUCAUUAUCUGGGUUUCUUCCGUUCGAUAAGAACUGCAAUCAAGGAAGACAAUUUUGAGCAAUUUCGACAGACGUUCAUUGACAGUAGGCGUGAACAUCUAAAUAUGACUGCAGUAUGUGCAUCAGCAUAGUAUACGAUCUUCAAAAGAUGCUUAUCAUUGGUGAGACUUGCAUUCUUGUUUGUGCGAUAUGACCGUUCCAGUUCUAAUAGCUUGCCCUGGUUUGCUCUGUUGCAUUUGAAAGUAGAGGAUAAGAGAGACAGGAUGAAGGACUCUCCUAAUUUAAACCAAUAACUUGGGAUGCCAGGUUAAUUUGUUGGAUUUCUUAGACUCUAUUGAGAAUGCAUUUUUCUUACAUUCUCUC